AUGGUAAAAGAAAACAACCACAGUUCAGAAGAUGACGAGGCUUUAAAAGAAGAUGAUAAAGCUGCCCUUAACUGUCAAAGACAACAAAUGUUAGAUGAUGAAAGCUCAAAUAAAAAAGAUGAUAAUUCAGAAAACAAUGAAAAUUCACAAGAAUUUACACCUGUUGUCAUACCACCAGAAACAACAAUUAUUGAAAAAGGUGCUUACGAAAAUCAAAGUUUUGAAUCCAUUAACAUUCCAAGCACAGUUCAGUCUAUUGGCUAUAUAGCAUUUUCUGGUUGCAUCAAUUUAAAAAGUAUUGUAAUUCCAGACUCGGGGACUUCAAUUGGCAAAUAUGCAUUUAAAAAGUGUCCACUGACUUCGAUAGUCGUUUCAAAAAACGUACAUUCAUUACCCGGUUUUGUAUUUGAAAAGAAUCGUUUAUGCAUUCAGUCGUAUGAACCAUCUGGUUCACAUAAAACUGUCGAAUCAAAUAAAGGAACUCCCAAAAAUUUAUUUAACGAAGAUGUAAGAUUGAGAAGUAUUGUAAUUCCGACUAGUGUGACUAAAAUCGGAAGGGAAUGUUUUGAGUAUUGUCCACUUGAUGGAGAGAAAGUGUUUAGAAUUCCUCCAAAUGUAAAAGUAAUUGAAGAUGGUGCUUUUGUGAAAUGCAACUUUGAAGAAGUUGUAAUUGAAGGAGACAUCACAGAAGUGGCAAGUUCAGUGUUCAAUGACUGUAAAUAUCUUUCUAAAGUGACUCUACCAGACUCUGUUACAAAAUUUGGAGAUUAUGCAUUUGCUGGCUGUGCAUUUGAUAAAGUCUUUUUCCCAAAGAGUGUGAAAGAAAUUAAACAGGGGGUAUUUUCUAGAAAUAAUAAUAUCAAAGAGUUGGUUUGGGAUGAAAGAUUUGAUUGUAUUCCAAAUAAAUAUGUCAGUGAAUGUCGUAACCUGUCUAAAAUAGUGAUACCAAAUACUGUGACAUCAAUACAGGAAUCUGCUUUUAAUGCUUGUAUAUCACUUGUAACACUUGAAAUACCAAAUUCAGUGGUCAAAAUUGGUGAUAAUGUAUGUGAUGGCUGUAAAGAGUUAAGAAGUGUCACAUUGCUUGUUGGAAUAACAAAAAUUAAUUUUGGAUUAUUCUCAAAUUGCCCGAAAUUGAGUGAAGUUAAAAAUAUGGAGAAAGUAGUCAAAAUAAAAAAGGAUGGGUUUAAAGGAGCUCACAGAAUGUUUAAAAAUGGAAUCCCAAUUAACUUGACAGAAAUAGGAGAUUGGGCUUUUUCUGGGUGUGGAAUAAAAGAGUUGAUUGUACCAAAAUUGGAACUAAACAACAAAGUAUUUUCUAAAAACAAUAAUUUGACCAAAGUAGUUAUUUCAGAUGGUGUUGACAAACUCCCUGAGAAAUGUUUUGCAGAAUGUCCAAAUCUGAAAGUUGUUGUUAUUCCAAAUACAGUCGAGUCUAUUGAGUCAGAAUGUUUCUUUAAUUGUAUCAGUCUUGAAGAAAUUUCCAUUCCAAAGAGCGUCAAAAGUAUUGGAAAAGACUGCUUUGCUAAUUGCAAGAACCUUAAAAAGGUAAACAAAGAUGAUUCACUCAAUUGUAAUGAAACUGUAUUUGUGGGUUGUCCACUUUUAUCGAGAAAUGGUGCGAUCAAAAAGGACAAUCAAUCUAUUGGUGCUGUUGCUCAUAUUCCCAUUGAACCAUCCGAAAUUCAAGAAUACGACUUUGAAAACAAUGACAUUAUAGAAGAAGUUAUCAUGGCAGACUCUAUAAAAACUUUAGGAUUCAGAUGCUUUAAAAACUGCACCAGAUUGUCCAAGGUAGUACUUUCUCAAAGUCUUGAAAAAACAAAUGUAGAAUGUUUUUCUGGGUGUGUUAGUCUCAAAGAUAUUGAAUUACCAAAAAGUCUCACUGACAUGCAAGAAUCUGUUUUCAGUGGAUGUGUAAGCCUUACUAAAAUUGUUAUUCCAAAAAAGAUUAAUAAACUUGAUUAUGGUACUUUUGAAAACUGUGACAAGUUGGAAAUAGUACAGUUUUUAGGCGAUUUUAGAAAUUUGGAAGAUUGUGUAUUUGCCAAUUGCAAGAGUUUGAAAGAAUUUGUAUUUCCAGGAAAUUUUUUCAUGAUUGGGAAAAGGUGUUUCCAAAAUUGUGAAAAACUAGAAAAAAUAAUUUUUAACUACAAUAUAUAUCUUUAUGACCAUCUUCUAUUCAGUGGAUGUGUAAGUCUCAAAGAAAUUGAAAUUGAUUUUAUGUACGUGCCUUUCAGAUGUUUUGAUGGAUGUGUCAACCUUGAGAAAGUCACUUUUGGAGAUAAGGCUGAAAUUAUUUAUAAGUGGUGUUUCAGAAAUUGCAAAUCGUUAAAAGAAAUCACUUUGCCGAAGAACCUCUGUUAUAUCAACGAAAAAACGGUAUUUGAGGGGUGCGAUAAUCUGAAGAAGAUCAUUUACCCAGAAAACUACAAAAAGGAUAUUUAG